GAAAUGUAUGACUGAAUAACGACCCUGAAUUCAACCAGUUAUCGAUGUGACCUUGAAAUUUCCGAAUCAAUUGAAUCUCAAUUUACGACCAAUCAUAUACUGCGUAGUUUCCGUCCAUAUUUUUUUUCUAUAUAAAGCUAUAUAAAUUGGCCUGGUUUGUUAUUCUAAUCAACUAAAUACUAAGACUUAAUACCGUUUAAUAAUGCCGUUAACAUCACGUUCACCUUACGACAGUAAAACACUACUUGCUAAGUAUUAUGAUUUGCCUCAACCUGAUGACAAAAUUCAAGUUAUGUACGUAUGGAUAGACGGAAGUGGAGAAAAUUUACGCUGCAAAACAAUGACUUUACAAGAAGAACCAAAAGUUCCAGAAGACUGUCCAAUAUGGAAUUUUGAUGGAAGUAGUACGGGUCAAGCUGAAGGUUCUAAUUCUGAUGUUUAUUUAAAACCGUGUGCAAUGUUCCGUGAUCCAUUUCGUGGUGGCAAAAAUAAAUUAGUCUUAUGUGAAACUUAUAAUUACGAUAAGAAACCACAUGUUUCAAAUCACCGUUAUCUUUGUAAUCUUGUCAUGGAGAAAGCAAAAUCUCACCAACCAUGGUUCGGUAUCGAACAAGAAUAUGCUCUAUUAGACAUUGAUGGUUAUCCAUUACAAUGGCCUAAAAAUGGUUUUCCUCCACCUCAAGGACCUUAUUAUUGUUCUGUUGGAGCUGGUAAAGCACUUGGUCGUGAUAUACCAGAAGCUUUAUACAGAGCAUGCAUGUAUGCAGGAGUUAAAAUUUGUGGUAGCAAUGCAGAAGUUAUGCCAUCACAAUGGGAAUUUCAAGUUGGACCAUGUGAAGGUGUCUCAGCCGGUGAUCAUUUAUGGAUGGCUAGAUUUAUAUUACAUCGUGUAGCUGAAGACUUCGGAGUGAUUGUGUCACUAGACCCGAAACCAAUGCCUGGUAACUGGAAUGGUUCAGGAGCGCAUACAAACUAUUCAACUCAGGCUAUGAGGGAUCCAAAAUCAGGUUUACAAGCAAUAGAAGAUGCUAUUGAAAAACUAUCACAUAAACACAUGGAACACAUUCAAUGCUAUGAUCCUAAACAUGGUUUAGACAAUCAAAGACGUUUGACUGGUAGUCAUGAAACAAGCAGUAUAAAUGAUUUUUCAUCUGGUGUUGCAAAUAGAGGCAGUAGUAUACGUAUUCCAAGACAAGUUGCUGAAAAUGGUUGUGGUUAUUUGGAAGAUAGACGUCCAUCAUCCAAUUGUGAUCCAUACAUGGUCACCAGAAUGUUAGUAGAAACAACAUGUCUUUAAUUAUUAUUACCAUUAUUUAUAAAAUAAUGAAGAACUAAUACACAACAAAGAAAUCAAUUUUUUUAAAACAUAAUGUUACUAAAUAAUAUCGAAUGUUCCCAUAUAAUCACUUCAUUUUGUUAGUGGUUACAAUAAAUUUAAAAACUGUAUUUACAUAAUUUUGAUAACCAUUGUCAUCAUUAAUUUUUCUCCAUUGUUUACGAAGUUAUCAUCGUCAUCAAAAGCAGAUGCAAGAGCAGUAGUGUCGUUAUUAUUGACUUUUCAAUAAUCGAACAAUUUUUAUUUUCUAGUAUUUCCUAUCAUACAAAUUUAUAGUUUACUUAGUGAACUAAUCAUUGUCCCAGUUACUGUUUAAUUAUUGAACCAUUCACAAUAAAGGGAUUAAGAAAUGUUGCAUAUUGAUUUGAGUUUUUUAAACAAAUAAACACAUACACCAUCUUUUCUGUUUGUCCUUUUAUAUCACUUGUCAUUUAAAUUUAUCGUUUGUGAUUUAUAUAAGAAAAAUCGUUUUGUUUUUUAUUUUAAAAAGUUAUGAAUAAAAAACAUUAAGAAACGAACCAUGAAAUCUAAUCGUUUCUUGAUCUCAAUUUUAUAAAAAACCUUAAUUUGAAACAAAAAUAGAUAGUAGCUAGCAGUGGAAUCCAGAACGCGCGUUUCGUCCUAUUUGGGACUCGUCAACUGGAUGUCCUAAAUAACAAUGGGAAGAUACAAGUAAAACAACACUAAGUGAAUUUAAACUUCACCCCAUUGUAAAAGCAGUUUGCUAUAAUGACUCAGUAGCUAAGUGGAUAACGCAAUAGCGUUUGAAGCGAACGGUACUAGGUUCGAAUCCCGGAGUGGGCAUCAACUCUGCGAUGCAGGUACAUCCAGCUAACGAGUCCCAAACAGGACGAAACGCGCAUCCUGGAUUCCAUUGCUAGCCACUAUCCAUCUUUGCUUAAGAAGCUGGUUACUUAAGGCUAUAUCGAGGCAAUCCACACGGGAUGCACAUGUGCCAACAUGAGACUGAUCAACUGCAGUCCUAAAUAACAAUGGGAAGAUACAAGUAAAACAACAUCAAGUGAAUUUAAACCUUAAUUUGGAAUAUGAUAUCCAUUGGAACCUGACAUCAGUUGAAGAAUCAUUGUGGUUUUUUCAGCUUUUUCGUUUCAUAGCAUGAAUGUUAGUAUGAGAUAUUGGGCAUGAAUCCUAAUUUACUUGCUACUAUUAUACCAUGAGAUACACAAUUAAAAAUAUACAAAUUGGAUGACUCUUUCCUAGUAAAACAUUAUUGACCAUUUUAUUUCCAGGACUCCUAUUCGUGUCGACGGUCACACUUAAACUGAAGAGUAUAACUUUAAUCGUACAGUUAGCAUACAAUGUACUACUCAAUGCAGCAUAGUUUUUGUUCAGAAAGUUAAUAAAAAAAUAAGAGGCUUGAACUCCAUCAGUCAGAACUUCUCAUUAGAACUUCGGGACUUUAUCUCAAACUAAUCUUCGGAACCAACAGAAUUUAUUUAUGAAAUAGAUGAAUUAUAUCUGGUAAUGAAAUCGAGGACUUAUGUUUCAUUCUCAUCAACUAAAUGUACCUCCAUCCCAAUGUUGAUGUUUAUAUCAGGAACAAAAGAAAUAAAACACAUGUCUAUAUGUGAAAAGCAUUGAUACUUUCUUUUCUCUUACUUUCAAAUGAAAAAAAAGCGAAAAUAGUAGCCCAAUUCAAUGGUAUUAUUUGUGAUAAUAUAAUCUAUGGAUGAUAUCAGUCAUACGCUAAUUAUUAAGAGAUAGUACAAUGAAAAUUUUCCAAUAUUUUUAUUUUUGAGUCAUAGCAUGUAUAUUCAAAGAGUUAUCUUCCAUAAGGAACAAUUAGUGGUAACAGUAGACAGAAAACCUAAACCAUAAAUUCAUCCGUUUAUUAUUUUUCAGUCAUUUCUAACCACCAGAAAAAUGUUAUUAAUAGAUAGUGUUAAAGGUUUCUCAUAAAGCUUAUAAUUCUGAUGAAUCACUUUUACACCCGUUUAAAGUGAGUAAUAACAACAAUAAUAUAUUACUUCUCUAAGAGUAAAUCAUUUAUGACGUUAUCUAUCUAGUACUUAUACUGGGGAAAACAAAGAGCUCAUAGAAAUUAAAUAAUGUUCUAUAAAAAGGAACGGUCCAGAAUGUUCUGAACUUUGGAAUAUUUGUAUGAAAGUUGUGCCUUUUUGAUAAAAAAAGAAUAACAUCAAUGAAUAUUUGGCUACAUUAGAUGUAUACAGUUAUAUUCCGUAAAACCCUAUGGAAUCUGGUGUAUGCAAACUAUUAAGGCGAAUCUUUAAGCAGAACCUAUGUUCAUGUUUUGGUACACCUUCAUGAGACAGCAGAGACAUUAAACCCUUUCCCCCAAACACAGCGUACUGUUCUCUUCCAGAGAGGUAGGAACAUAUCCAAUUAUUUAUCCAGAUGUCAGUGUUGAUGCUGAUUAACUUGUUAGGUAAAAGUUGUCUUGGGAUAGAAUCAAAGCAGAAGUAUAGUUCAGAAAAGCGCAUCAAACAUACUUCUUACCCUUUUCCAAGCUGAACACUAUCUUGUGAUGCAGAACAGCAACGGCAUCUGGGGUGCUUCUUUUGCAUUUGUGAGCAAACUUAUACGGAUCAAUGUGCUCUUUUAUUGCAGGUUGGAGUGGGAGUAUCAAUAAUUUUUCUAUUGUUUUGAUGAAAGAUGAAGUUAUUGCUAUAGGUCUAAAUUUCACAUCCUUAUCACUAGAUAGUUUCUUAGGUAUAGGGAUUAUCUUUCUCCAUAUUUUCAAUAUGAGAUUAGUUGAGAAGGAUCUGUUAAUCAUAUUAGUGAAUAAAUAACACAGAACGUCAGCACAUUUUAAAAAAAGGAGGUUUGGGUUACCAUCAAAUCCUAAACAUUAGGAUAAAUCUAGAGGGUUAACCUACGUUAAAUCUGUCCAGUAAUCUUUCUUCAGAAAGUACCAAAUCACAAACUUUUCACCACUCCAUUUCGUCUCAUCAGUUUCAAAGUCAUCAUUAAUCAUCUGGUAUAACAAUUACUUGAGUAAAAUUUAUAAAACACAUUUAACACAACAGAGAAGAUGCUAUCGGAUGAGAUCAGUUGUCAAGACAUCUAUCCAACAUACCAUACACAAUUACUAUCUGACAACUACUCAAAAAAUGUUAUCAUUGUUUAUAAGCUAUCUUUAUUAGACAUUUAUGUCUGAGCAUCAUAGAGAUCUAUCAAAAAUCCUUGAUUUAAAUGUAGGAGUCUUUAUUUAGUUUAAUAAUAAUGGUUAGAAUUGUAAACAUAAUAUGGUUUUCAAAAUAUAAAUAGAAUUAACGUACGAUUUAUUGGUUGUUGUUUUUUUCACAUAUUUCUCCUUUUUUUAUUGCGUAAUAACGUAAACAACUUACUUUUGAUAAACAAUAUGAUUAUAGCCAAUAUACACACUUUGUACUUUGUAAUUAUAAAUCUUGUAAGAAAAAAAUAUUUAUUAUUCACUACAUUUAUGCUUAAUUACUUGACUAAUGUAAAUAAAUUUCAAAGUGUCAAAAUAUACAACUUUGUAUCUACUUCAUGUAGGUUUAAUUUGAUACAUUAAGAUCACCUGUCAUUUUUCCCAAAGGAAAUUUAUUUUCACAGCUCUUCCAUUAAUAUGUUGUUUAUAUUGGGAAUUUCGUGCUUAUUCCUUUAUUCUAGCACUGAUAAAGAUGAAACUGUUGGUUAAUAUUAUUAUGCGUUAUCUAGUGGUAGUGUGGUGCGGCUUACUUAUAUCCAUAUAAGCAGUAUAUAACGGUAGUCAGGAAUAGAAGGUAUUUCAGUAGAAGUUCGAGAAGGGAAGAACGGA